UCUUAAGGAUCCUGGAGUGUGGAAGUCAGUGGUGCUCAAAUUUUAAUUAAAAAAAAAAUUUUUUUUUAAGUCAACAGGGCCCUUUCAUCAAAGAAGCUUCGUUAAGGAAAGCUGAAUGAAGAAGGGCUGCGUGGGAGGACGGUGGCAUCUGCAGAGGGAUGCGGUGGAGCGCUUUGCCCUUCCCCCGGCAUCCACCUAGGCCCUGCUCUCUUGCUGCUGCGUCUGACUGAGUCUCUCUGCUGUCUCCAGAAUUCUGAAGAACAUCGUUUACAAGCUGCACGAGUUGGCCAUCCCCUUCUAGGGCCUAGGAGAAAGUGAACCCAGUUCCCAACCUGAGUCGGCCCUGCAGGCAAUAAGGGGCUGUCUGUCCAGUUCCAGUUUGCCCUGGACGCCUGCAGUUCACCUCUUAUGCACUCCAACACCCCCAUCAGCUCCCUCUUCUCCUUCACCAGCCCAGCAGUGAAGAGACUGCUGGGCUGGAAGCAAGGAGAUGAAGAGGAAAAGUGGGCAGAGAAGGCAGUAGACUCGUUAGUGAAGAAAUUAAAGAAGAAGAAAGGAGCCAUGGAUGAGCUGGAGAGGGCCCUCAGCUGUCCGGGGCAGCCCAGCAAAUGUGUGACAAUUCCCCGGUCCCUGGAUGGGCGGCUGCAGGUGUCCCACCGCAAGGGUUUACCCCAUGUUAUUUAUUGCCGAGUGUGGCGCUGGCCUGAUCUGCAGUCUCACCACGAAUUGAAGCCGCUGGAGUGCUGUGAGUUCCCAUUCGGCUCCAAGCAGAAAGAGGUGUGCAUUAACCCCUACCACUACCGCCGGGUGGAGACCCCAGUGCUGCCGCCUGUCCUCGUGCCAAGGCACAGUGAAUAUAACCCCCAGCUCAGCCUUCUGGCCAAGUUCCGCAGCGCCUCCCUCCACAGUGAGCCUCUCAUGCCACACAACGCCACCUACCCGGACUCUUUCCAGCAGCCUCCGUGCUCUGCAUUCCCUCCCUCGCCGGGGCCCGGGCACAUGUUCUCACAGUCCCCAUGCACCGCUGGCUACCCUCACUCCCCAGGAAGCCCCUCGGAGCCAGAGAGCCCCUAUCAACACUCAGUUGACACACCACCCCCGCCUUAUCAUGCCACGGGAGCCCCAGGGACCCAGAAUGGCCGACCCGUAGAUGCCACAGCCGAUAGUCAUUUAGUGCUGUCAAUGCCUAAUGGAGACUUUCGGCCCGUUUGCUACGAGGAGCCACAGCACUGGUGCUCAGUCGCCUACUAUGAACUCAACAACCGAGUUGGGGAGACGUUCCAGGCCUCCUCCCGAAGUGUGCUUAUAGACGGAUUCACAGACCCUUCAAAUAACAGGAACAGAUUCUGUCUUGGACUCCUUUCUAAUGUAAACAGGAACUCAACAAUAGAAAACACCCGGAGACACAUAGGAAAGGGUGUGCAUUUAUACUACGUCGGGGGCGAGGUGUACGCCGAGUGUGUGAGCGACAGCAGCAUCUUCGUGCAGAGCCGGAACUGCAACUACCAGCACGGCUUCCACCCAGCCACCGUCUGCAAGAUCCCCAGCGGCUGCAGCCUCAAGAUCUUCAACAACCAGCUCUUCGCUCAGCUGCUGGCGCAGUCCGUGCACCACGGAUUUGAGGUCGUCUAUGAGUUAACGAAGAUGUGCACUAUCCGCAUGAGCUUUGUCAAGGGCUGGGGAGCUGAGUAUCAUCGCCAGGAUGUCACGAGCACCCCCUGCUGGAUUGAGAUUCAUCUUCAUGGACCACUGCAGUGGUUGGACAAAGUUCUGACUCAGAUGGGCUCUCCCCAUAACCCAAUUUCUUCAGUGUCUUAACAGCCAGUCACGUCUUAAUCUACAUUUCUAUAGAAUAGAUGCUAUUGCAGGCAGUGGCUUAUAUACCAUUUCAGAUUUGCAACUAACUGAAGUUUCUAAGUACAUAUGUAAAUACAUAUAAUAUAUACUAUUCAUAUUUUUUAUCACCAGUUUUAUGCUAGAAUUUCUAGUUAACCUGAUGCCAGGACAAUGUGAUUAGAAAAGCAGGUUUUUCAUGCCUCUGCUAUAAUGAGAAGCGGCUUCUUUUGUGGGAGGAAGCAAAUGAAAGUCGACUGUGUCAAUAGAAUUUGAAAAAUGUUGGCCAAAAAAAAAAAGGCAGCGUUAGUCAGCCGUGUCAUUAUAAGACAUGUUGUGUGGCCUACCAGAAAAAUAUCAAAACUGCUUAUAUCGUACAAAUCAGGGUGCUAGCAGCACUAGAGCGAGUAAUACUUUCAGACACAAGAAAGCAAUCAAACCCAUGGCAUUUAACAAUCUCACUUUUAGUGCUAUUGGCAAGAAGGAAAAAAACAAAACAAAACACCAAGCUUGUAAAAUUAAUUAUGUAAGAUGAGUCACAUAAAUUACUUCUUUCCCAAGUUGCAAUACCUGUAGCUGGACUAUUGUGCUGAUAAUAAUGGUACAUUUGAAACAGAUUUAAACUGUGAUUGGAAAAGAGACUGUGAAGCUGGGAAUCAUGUUGCUUCAUGAUCUACCACUGUAAAAAAAAAAAAAAAAAGUCUAAUACAUGCGAAGAUUUAUAUGAAAAAAGCAUGAAAUGAGCUGUAUUCCCAAAUUGCAAAAUAAGACCAGAACUUCGUCUAGGAGAGUCACCCAGGGAGACACUUGCUUUCCACGUGGGAAAUCGGGCCCCUGUUUUCCUGGUUAUCCCAGUCAGGCAGUCUGGCUGACUUCAGAGUCUGCACAGUGAGCUAGAGGACCGUGUGUGUAAAUCCUAGGUGGGAAAGAAGCAGUAAAGUAAGAGGAUUGGACAAAAGCAUUGUAUGUUUACUCACACCUUCUCACAUUCCCAUGAGAAGACUUCGUGGCGAGGGCAAUCCUUUUGCCUCACUUCCCCUACAUGUUGGCACAUACUAUGUACAGAUGACUAAAACAGUGGUGGAGCCUUUGAGAAGAUCUGGACACAUUGCUGGGGUCAAAUUAAUGAGUUAUAUAACUUAAGUGUCUCCAUCUGCUGGUCACAUCUGGUAGCCUCUUAUAAAGCUGAAGACACACCUGGAAAUAACUUCCCAAAUAAAAUAAUAAUUUCAUAACCCCUAUAAUAUCUGGGGAACAGUGGUACUGAAGAGUGGGACAUUUAAAAUACAUAUAUAUAUACGGUAUUAAAAACCUGUUCUUAUUUACUCUUGGGUGAUAAAGAGAGGAGAGGAAAAUUCCCCACAUUUCUAGGUACUUUCAUAUAUAAAUAUAUAUAUAUAAUUCCCACCCACUAAACACUACAUUGCUUCGAAAAAUAUUUCACACCCUCUUAAAAAUGUAUAAUUUAAGAAGGUAAUUAUGCUUGUAACAGACGGUACUUCAGUAAUCCAAGAUGUUUCUCCAUUUAUGCAUUCUAUCUCAACUCUUUUUAGAAUUAGCACACACAGUAGUUGCUUCUCAGUAAAUUGUAUUCAAGGUAGAAAUGAUCCUGUGAAAAAGAUAUAUAUGAGUGAGCUACUACUGUCACCUCUUGUAAGGAGUAGUGUUAUCUAAUAGAAACUUUCAUAUAUGCAAUAGAAAAUAGUACAUUCUACGUUAAAACUAGUUGGUCCAUUUAGUGUUUAGAAAACCCCGUAGUUCAUUGGUUCAUCAACUAUGUAUUGUGUCCCUGUACGGGCCGGGUACGGUGUUAGGUACUGUGGAAUCAAAUGUAAACCAGAGGCAGCCCCAGACGCUGGAGCUGAGAGUCUGUUAGUAAACCUGUGUAGACAUCUUCAUGUUUCAGAGCUUUUAAUACAAAACAAAACCUGCGGUCUUUCUUUUGCUCAAAAAAAAAAAAAAAAA